AUGGAGAGCCCGCUCGUCUCUCCCACAAAGGCACGUCAGGCCGCCAUCCAGGCGAAGGACUGGGCCUAUGUGAACUCCUGGCUGAGUCGCCAAUAUGGCCCCAAUACAGUCCCAAAUUUUGAACGAAAUGAAGACACCCUACGGACCUUACUGGCAUUAGCUGCAGCCAACGAUGCAGCCGACGAAGAGGCGACGUUGAUCCAUCAUGCACGCGAACAAGGAGUUCAGGGGUAUAAGCGCCGAGAAGGUACCGAAGAUAAACAGAAGCGCGAAAUCCUGGACGAGGUAGAGCUAUGUCUUGAUGGGAAAGGAGCACAAGAUCUGGAUGACUUGGCGGAAACAACCGCCGUUCUAGGGGCCCUAGGCACUGAGACUACAGACCUAGGCCAAUCGAUUAUCGAGCUGACCAAGGAGGAGUUCGGGGUUCAGCAACAGAUGUUCAAGGUAGAAACGAUACAUAAUUACUUGGAGAGAGAGCUUGCAACCCUACAAAACCAUCUCGAGGAGCUGAACUCUGACAAAGCAUACGAGAUAGCCGCUGAUCUCCCGGCGCUCACGGCGGAGUGGUCUAGGGGGACGAAAACGCUGACCGCAAAGGUCGGCGAAUACCACGACCGGAUCGCCUCUUUGGAGAGGACUAAACACAAGGGGCCUACGUUGGAUGAGUUAGAAGCUGAAGAGGCAGAUGUCACGAGGUUCAUGGAAACAGUUCAGGCAUUGGAAAACAGAGUCCACAUGUUCCAUGAUCUUCCUAAAGACAUCCCGGGGGCGAGGGCAAAGUACAAGGAAUUGGAGCAAGAGCUUGACAAGCUCACCCAGCGGCGCGACUCGAUGUUUGAAAAUCUAGUGGAUAAGAGGUGA